AUGAGACUCCACCCCAUUGUCGACCCACGUCCACGCCCGCUCGUUCGUCGCCUACGGCAUCUCGUCAUGGGCACCCCAGCGCUGUCCGAGGCUCCGUGGCGGUCCACCUUUCUGUCGCACGUCAGGCAGCAGGACUCUCCCGUCUUUGUCCUCAGCUCGCUCCACACUGCCGACCCGUCAUCGUCGUCUCCGUCGGCCGCGCGCCGGGUGACGCCUCGGGCUCGCACCGUCGUCUUCCGCGGCAUGUGGGCCGGUCUGCCUGUCAACCCCAAGAACCCAGCCGAGCUCAACCCAGACGUCUACCAGACCCACCUGCCCACCCUCACCACCGACGCCCGCAUGGACAAGACGCCCGAGCUCAUGGCCUUGUCGGCCUCUGCGGGCCAGUCCGGCGGGGGCGGGCCCGUCGAGGCCGUCUUCUGGGUCGCCGCCGUCCAGACCCAAUGGCGCCUCCGCGGGCGUGCGUACGUCAUCGGUCCGGACAUUAAUUCCGAGCGCGCCGCAUCUGUGCGGGACGCCCUGACGCCGUACAUGCGCGGCACGGGGGCCGUCGGGCCCUGGAGCUGGAGCAGGGAGCUGACAGCGCACUUUGGCAACCUGAGUCCGCUGAUGAGAGGCUCCUUCAAGAACCCGCCCCCCGGGACGCCCCUCGGCCGGAAGCCUGGGCAGGAGCAAGGGCCGAGCCUGGGGCAAAAGGUGGACGACCUCGAGGACAGCGUGGCAAGGAGCAACUUUCGCGUCGUCGUUAUCGUGCCCGACGAGGUGGAAAGGCUGGACCUGUCGGAUCCGGAGAAUGGCCGUCGCUGGAACUACAAGGCCAAAGACGGGACCGACGGCGCUGGGGCAUGGGAGGUGACGGAGCUGUGGCCGUGA